AUGGCGAAGAAAGCGAAGAAGUCCGGGAGUGAGGGGAUUAACUCUCGCCUCCAGCUGGUCAUGAAGAGUGGCAAGGUCAACCUCGGGUGCAAGACGGCCAUCCACGCGCUCCGCACCGGAAAAGCGAAGCUCAUCAUCAUCAGCAACAAUUGCCCCGCUCUCCGCAAGUCUGAGAUCGAAUACUACGCCAUGCUCUCCAAGUGCGGUGUGCACCACUACCAUGGAGACAACAACGAGCUCGGCACUGCGUGCGGCAAGCUCUUCCGUGUGAGUUGCCUCGCUGUCACGGACCCCGGUGACUCCGACAUCAUCCGUUCUGUCGAGUAA